ACAAACAACACAGCUACUGUAAUGGCCAGUGGUGAUGAUCAGACAGGGCAGGGUCAGUCUCGGGCCAACUCUGUAUACAACACAAACAGCACAGCUACUGUAAUGGCCAGUACUAGUGGUGAUGAUCUGACAGGGCAGAGUCAGUCUCAGGCCAACACUGCAUCCACACCAAACACCACAGCUACUGUAAUGGCCAGUGGUGAUAAUCAGACAGGGCAGGGUCAGUCUCAGGCCAACACUGAAUUCAGCACAAACUGCACAGCUACUGUAAUGGCCAGUGGUGAUGGCCAGACAGGGCAGGGUCAGUAUCAGCCCCUAAUGAAAUCCAAUGCCACAGAUACUGUAAUGACCAGUGGUGAUAAUCAGACAGAGCAGAGCCAGUAUCAAGCCAACAUUGAAUCCCCAGGCUCUGGGAAUCUAUCUUAUGGUACAGGGCCGACUGCCUCGCAACUGAAUACUCUGUACAAAACAGCAACUGUAAUGGCCAGGGGUCAUGAUCAGACAGGGCAGGGUCAGUCUCAGACCACCACUGCAUCCAACACAAACACCACAGCUACUGUAAUGACCAGGGGUCAUAAUAAUAUAGGGCAUGGACAGUCUCAUGUUAACUCAACAUCUACAGAAAUGACCAGUGGUCAUGAUCAGACAGGUGAUGAUGUUCCCCAGUAUGACGAUAUUGACAACCCAGGGCAGGGUCAGUCUCAGGCCAACACUACAUCAACCACAAACACCACAGCUACUGUAAUGACGAGUGGUGAUGAUCAUCGGUAUGAGGAUAUCGACAGCAAUCAUGAUCAGAUAGGGCACGGUCAGUCUCAGGCCAACACUUUAUCCACACCAAACAGCACAGCUACUGUAAUGGCCAGUGGUGAUAAUCAGACAGGGCAGGGUCAGUCUCAGGCCAACACUGCAUCCACCACAAACACCACAGCUACUGUAAUGGCCAGUGGUGAUGAUCAGACGGGGCAGGGUCAGUAUCAGCCCAUAAUGAAAUCCAAUACCACAGAUACUGUAAUGACCAGUGGUCAUACUCAGACAGGGCAAGGCCAGUAUCAAGCCAACGUUGAAUCCUUAGGCACUGGGAAUCUAUCUUAUGGUACAGGGCCGACUGCCUCGCAAAUGAAUACUCUGUACAAAACAGCAACUGUAAUGGCCAGUGGUCAUGAGCAGAUAGGGCAGGGUCAGUCUCAGACCACCACUGCAUCCAACACAAACACUACAGCUACUGUAAUGACCACUGGUCAUGAUACUAUAGAGCAGGGUCAGUCUCAUGCUAACUCCGAUGAAUCUCCGAAAGUUGCAAAUCUGUCACGUCACGAAGUGCUAGCUGCCUUACAGCCAAACCCUAUGUAUGAAUACGUAGAUGUAAAAACACCACCAAAGGACGAAGCAUCUACAGAAAUGGCCAAUAGACAUGAUUAG